AUGACCUUCAAAGACAGCCAUCGACAUAUACAAACCCCGCACGACGACCCUUUGGUCGUCGAAAUUAAGAUACCCAGUUUACGGGUGGGUCGAGUUCUGAUUGAUAGUGGAAGCUUUGUGGAUAUCAUCACUAUGGACUGCUUAAGGAAUCUGAAGUACGAAGAAAUAGACCUCACCCCUAUUGACCAACCGUUGGUAGGAUUUGGGGGACAAUUAGUUCAUCCCCUCGGCUCGGUCACACUACCUACACGGAUGGGAGAGAAGAGGGCAGGACGGAAUGUUAUCAUCGAUUACCUAACGGUCGACACCAGCCUUCCUUAUAUUGUGAUCAUAGGUCGUCCCACACUCAACAAAGUAAAAGCUGCCAUCUCGACGUAUCAACUGCUCUUACAGUUGGAGGGGGACGACGGGAAGGUCGCUCGGUUGUUCAGCGACCAGAAGUCCGCCCGAGAAUGUUACGUCAACAAUCUAAAAAGCAAGAACGAAGAAGUCUCCCGCAAGAGAAAGUGCCCCGAGCUAGAGGGGCCCCUCCCUGUGAUGGGGCUCUACAUGGCCGAUAACCCAAAGCGGUACAAACGACCUCGACCUGCGAAUCGGGAUGAAGAGGUCGCCGAUGGAAUUAAGGACCAAAUCCUCGAGGUCAUCAAAGAAUUUCAAGAUGUCUUCGCCUAUACUGUUGACGAGAUGCCCGGAAUCGACCCUGAGCUUAUGGUCCAUCGGCUCAACAUUCGAGAAGGAUAUAAGCCAAUCAAGCAAAAACAAAGGCACCAAGGGGCCGAAAGCAUUGCAGCAGCCUCUGAAGAAGUGCAAAAGUUGCUAGCCGCCAGUUUGAUUCGAGAAUGCCAAUAUACCGAGUGGUUAGCCAACGUGGUCUUGGUCCGAAAGUAA